AUGAACACAUUCAAGAACUUGAUGAAGAACGUUGAAAAUGGUUCUAUUUUCAAGCCCAAUAUAGGGAAGGAUAAAUCUUCAAACAUCCACGAGAACUUAUCUAAUAAGGACUUAAAUGUUACCAUGGGUGAGGAGAAUUCAACAUCUGAUAUCGACACUUCAACUGUUCCAUCACCACCACCUUCGUCACCACAACCGACGUCAACUAUCAUACCAAGAACAGUUCCUGUUGUUUCUCCUACAUUCCAAGGUGUCAUCAAUGAGCCUGUCACUUCCUUAUUCUCUUCUCAAUCAACAUAUCAAGAGACACCAAAUAACGAAGAUGAAGAAGAUGAUGAAAUGGUUGGAUUUGUUGAGUCAUAG